AUGGAGCUCGAUCCCAAGUACGACAACUACGACUUCCCUUACACGUCCGACGUCAAGCAAGAUGGCCACGCGGGACACCUCACGCCCGAGCAGAUUGCCCAGGUCAGCCAGCUGCGCAUGAUGCUCGAGUCUGAGGGUCUGACCAAGCGCCUGGACACGUUGACUCUGCUUCGAUUCCUCCGAGCUAGGAAGUUUGACGUCGAGCUGUCGAAAAAGAUGUUCGUCGAAUGCGAGGAAUGGCGCACCAAGACCAAGCUUGACGAGACGGUUCCUACUUGGGACUACCCUGAGAGGGCCGAGAUCUCCAAGUACUACAAGCAAUUCUACCACAAGACGGACAAGGACGGUCGCCCCAUCUACAUCGAGACUCUUGGCGGCAUUGACCUGACGGCCAUGUACAAGAUCACGUCUGCCGACCGCAUGCUGACCAACCUGGCCGUCGAGUACGAGCGCGUGGCCGACCCCCGUCUCCCCGCCUGCUCGCGCAAAGCCGGCAAGCUCCUCGAGACGUGCUGCACCAUCAUGGACCUCAAGGGCGUGACCCUGACCAAGAUCCCCCAAGUCUACUCGUACGUCAACCAGGCGUCAGUCGUCUCGCAGAACUACUACCCCGAGCGCCUGGGAAAGCUGUACAUCAUCAACGCCCCCUGGGGCUUCUCCACCGUCUGGAGCGUCGUCAAGGGCUGGCUCGACCCCGUCACCGUCUCCAAGAUCAACAUCCUCGGCUCAGGAUACAAGUCUGCCCUCCUCGAGCAGAUUGAUCCGGCCAACCUCCCCAAGGCUUUUGGCGGAACCUGCGAGUGCAGCGACGGCUGCGAGAACUCGGACGACGGUCCCUGGAAGGAGGAGGAGUGGCUCAAGCCCGCCAAGCAGGAUGACACUACCAUUGAGAACAAGGGCUCUACCAUUGAGACUCCCGAAGAGAGCAAGUAA